AAAGCCCCCUACGUCACGGCCGGGGAACCCCCCCUAAAAAAUGUUACCAUGACAGCGGACUAACAACAGGAUGGUCAUAUGACAGGUAUGCAUAAAACGAUCACGUGAACGCCACCACGCGAAGCAAACCCCCAAAAUCGGCGAGAACUCCUCGAGUCCAAGGUUACAAUGAAAUAUGCCGUCACCAAUCCCCGUCACACGAUUAUUGCCGAAGGAUUUUGGGCUCGAGUUUGGCGCAUGCAGCAGCCCACUAACCAAAACUGCGAGUGGAUCGACCUUGCGUGUCCCCACGAGCACGUUUCACGGUAAGGUCGCCCACAGACUGUGGUCCUCGGUGAUCAACUGGCGUGAACUCCAGACUCUGGAGGCCAUAGGCAGCGGUGGAUUCGGCAAGGUGUUCAAAAGCAAGUAUUUUGGCGAGACCGUUGCCGUGAAGAAGGUGAGGUGCGUGAAGAACAAACUGGCGUCGAGGCAAAGUUUUUGGGCGGAACUCAAUGCCGCGCAUCUGCAACAUAAAAACAUCGUGCGCGUGAUCGCGGCCACCACAUGCGCUCCGGCGCAUCUGAACACCAAAGACAACAUUGGAACGAUUAUAAUGGAGUUCGCGGGCAGCCGAAACCUGCAGCAGAUUAUAUACGGACUCACAGAUCAGCUGCCAAUGGACAAGUGCAUUAAGUAUUCAACAGACAUCGCGUGCGCCCUCCAACACUUGCACGCGCAGAGCAUAGUGCACCUGGAUUUAAAACCCGCCAAUGUGUUGGUAUCGGAGGAGGGUGUUUGCAAGCUGGCAGACUUUGGGUGUUCUUUUAAACUAUCGGGCAAAAGCGACGCGACACACUUGAGGGAAAUCGGUGGUACGUUCACUCAUCGCGCGCCCGAGCUGCUGAAAGGUGAGGAGGUUUCUCCGCGCGUGGACGUUUAUUCUUUUGGCAUCACAAUGUGGCAGCUCCUCACCAGAGACCCGCCGUAUGAUGGAGACAGACAGUAUAUACUGUACGCUGUCGUGGCCUAUAAUCUGCGUCCUGCCCUCAGCAGGGAUGUUUUUAUGCAGUCGUCUGCUGGACAGGCAUGUCAGAAUCUGAUCAGCCGGUGUUGGGCGGGGGACGCAAGCAUUCGACCCACCGCAGACCUAAUCGUCACGGAACUCUCGAUGAUCUUUUAAAUGCUCAUUGUAAGGAUUCUCAUUGUUAUAAAAACAUGAAAUUGUUUAAUCUGAAGUGUAUUUUUAUUGUUGUGAAAUAUAGCUGUUUUGUUUAAAUAUUGUAUUUUUAUGUAAUCUGUAACAAGUUUUAAAAUAAGGUUUAAUUAAAACGUUUCUGUUAAAAAUUGUGUGUGAUCAGUUACAAGUUUGACCGAAUGUAUUGGAUGUGAUCUUUCAAAAUCCAGAUGUUAAUUUCUUUCAUUUUUGGAUCUUCUAGUGGAUAUGAAAAUAUUUCCAUCACUCUAAGGCCCGGUUUCAUAGACUCUGGCUUAGUUGAAUUAAGAUAUUUAUGUUGCUUUUAUAAAAAUGCCUUAGAAGAAUACAUUUCUGGUGAUGCAAAACAAUGCCACUGAUAUGUUUUAAGAUAUUUCUGGGUUAUAUUCAGUUAAGACAGGUCAAACAUUCAUUUUAGUCCGGGACUGGCUUUAAACCUUGUCUGUGAAACCGGGCCUAAGUGAGGUCAACAUUUAAAACAAGACCAUUUCCUCUACAGUUUCAGGCAACAACAUCAAAGAUACACAUGACCUCACUUAUCAUGUUUCCAAAUUUGUAAUAGUUGAAUUUUAAAUAUAGUUUGGAGGAUGCAUACCGAGUCAGUGUCACGUUAUAUAAAUCUAUUUGAUUGAUAUUGAACCACAAUCUGUGCUGUAAUUUAAUUUCAGGCUAAAGAAGCAUAGAAGAUAAACUUAUUUCUACCCAUUUUAUAUAUUUUACAGACCAUUUUCAAAUAGCUUUAUGAAACCCUAAACGUCGUCCAAAGCCAAAUAUUAUGGUGCAUCUAUAAAUUAAUGGGCAAUGCAGAACUAAAAUAAUUCACAUUUUAAAUAAGAACAAUCUGUAUUGGCUUUACACUGGUGACCACCAAAAUUCUUAUGCAUUUCAUACACCAUAACCAAAUGUUUAACAUUAGACUAAUUAUUUUAGUUUUUCAAGACAAUUUUCCUUGUUAUAGGCCUUGUACACUUUUUAUGAGCCUGUCAUACCUUCCAAAAGCAUACUUCAACCAAAUCUACAAUGCACACCUCUUGAUACACACGAAUAACACAACAUCCACUUUAAACUGCACUUAUGCUUUACUAUAAACAUGAGUGAUCAAAUUUGGAACGUACCAAAACAAAAGUCCAAUGAAUUUAGAAUUACGGCACUAAAAAGGGACAAAUCAGGCAUUUCGUCUUACAUAUCCUUGAACUGUGCCAUGUACCCACCCAUAUGUGGGACAUAUGCUGGUCCAGCUUUGGAGUGUGAAUGUAAUGGGACAAGUUCUCUGUAAAGGAACGUCAAUUCAGCUAUUGCUAGACAGUUGAACGCAGUGUGGUUACGUUUACAAGCUUGGGAUGCUGUGCACUUUUAGAGCACACAAAAGAAAAUCCAGAAGCUUAGAAACAAGAAAAACAAUCAUUGUUAUUAAUAAAAUGAAUAUAUAAUUAUAUAUUAAUACCUACAAGGCUGUUAUUUCUUUAUUUUUUUGUUCAAGUAUGCAACAUCAAUUCUUUUAAAAACGUGGAAAGUCUCUCGCACGGGUAGCAUUUGAACAGAACUGGCUACACAACUGCGUCCUGGUACCCCUUAACACAUGGAAUGAACAGAAAACAAG